GGAGUGGACGCCGGAGGAGACUUUUCUACACCGCCUCGGGAUCCUGAGCGAGUCUGACAGCUGUAACCUCUCUGUUAAUGUAUCUGGAUGACAUUAACCAAUCAGAAAGGUGCAUGUGUCUCAAACCCUAGUAACCAGCAAUGGAGCCCUGGCCUACAGUGGCCUGGGUCCUAGUGCUGACCAUCAUCGUGGAUCUUCUGAUAAGCACCCACACCAGAGACUUUACUGAACAAGAUAUCAUAUUCCUCCACCCGUCAAGUACUCCAUUUCCUGGUGGAUUCAAGUGCUUCACCUGUGAAGCCGCACAAGACAACUUUGAGUGUAAUCAUUGGGCACCAGACAUGUACUGCCCACUUGAAGCCAAAUACUGCUACACCCACCACACCAUAGAUGAGGAGGGAGACAGUGUGUCAGUGUCCAAACGCUGUGUUGCUCUGGAGGCAUGUCUUUCCACAGGAUGCGCUGAAAUAGAUCAUGAAGGAAAAAAGGUGUGCACAUCGUGCUGUGAGGGGAACAUCUGUAACUUGCCGGUACCAUGGAAUGAAACAGAUGCCAUCUUUACCACCACCUCACCUCUCAGCAGCGAUGUUGGACUGUCACAAAGCCACAAACUGACUUUAUCAGUCAUCAUCACUUCCUUUAUUAUCUCGGGUGGUGUUUGAAAAGUGAAGACACAAUCAAGUCCAUCAAGGAGUACUGAAAGGUGAAACGAACCUGUCAGUGGACCACAUGACUUCUGUUUGAACUGUGCUCUGACAUAGGCUGCUGGGGCAGUUUCUCUUCCUUUGAGCUUCAAAACAUACUUGACAUGGAACCACACUUAAA